CUUCACGUGGCAAGAUACACCAUUGGCCGAGACUACUCCACACUAUUCUCUCGAGAUCUUCUUUAUAAUCUCUCUGGGUUCAUCUUCAACAGAGAUCUUUGAAGCUCGUCUCUCAGAUAUUCCAGUUUUUCUUGAAGAUCCCAUCAUUUGAGAUCUGGUAAUAGUUAUGGAAGAGAUUAAGCGGAAGAUCUGGCCGCACACCGUCUUGCUACUAGUAAUCUGCUGUUUGUUCUCUAAGCUCUGCGCUUCCUCUGAUGUCAAAUUUUACGAGUCAUUCGAUGGUUCAUUCGAGGGGAGAUGGAUAGUAUCUGACAAAGAGGAUUAUAAAGGCAUAUGGAAACAUUCUAAGAGCGAGGGGCAUGAGGAUUUCGGGCUUCUUGUGAGCGAAAAGGCUAGAAAAUAUGCUAUUGUCAAGGAACUUGAUGAGGCUGUCAAUCUCAAAGAUGAAACAGUUCUCCAAUAUGAAGUUCGCUUCCAGGAAGGGCUUGAAUGUGGUGGCGCUUACAUUAAGUAUCUUCGCCCCCAAGAUGCUGAGUGGGUUGCUAAGGAAUUUGAUAAUGAGUCUCCCUAUUCUAUCAUGUUUGGGCCAGAUAAAUGCGGAGGCACUAACAAAGUUCAUUUUAUUCUGAAACACAAGAACCCAAAGACUGCGGAGUAUGUUGAACACCAUCUUAAGUUCCCACCUUCCGUACCUUCUGACAAACUAACCCAUGUUUACACUGCCAUAAUAAAACCCAACAAUGAAUUGCGCAUCUUGAUUGAUGGAGAAGAGAAAAAGAAAGCUAACUUCCUCUCUGAUGAAGACUUUGAGCCAUGUCUUAUUCCUUCAAAGACCAUUGCUGAUCCAGAUGAUAAGAAGCCAGAGGAUUGGGAUGAGAGGGAAAAGAUUCCAGAUGCAGAUGCAAAGAAACCAGAUGAUUGGGACGAGGAAGCACCCAUGGAGAUACCGGAUGAGGAAGCUAAGAAGCCUGAAGGGUGGUUGGAUGAUGAACCUGAGGAGAUUGAUGAUCCUGAAGCCACAAAACCUGAAGAUUGGGAUGAUGAAGAGGAUGGUGAGUGGGAAGCACCAAAAAUUGACAAUCCUAAGUGUCUUGAGAGCCCUGGUUGUGGGGUUUGGAGAAGACCAACAAAGCGGAACCCAGCGUACAAGGGAAAAUGGCAUGCUCCCCUUAUUGACAACCCCAAUUAUAAGGGAAUCUGGAAGCCUAGAGAUAUCCCAAACCCUAAUCAUUAUGAACUCGAUAGUCCCAACUUUGAACCUGUUGCUGCAGUCGGAAUAGAGAUAUGGACAAUGCAAGAUGGAAUCUUGUUUGACAACAUCUUGAUUGCUGGUGAUGAAAAAACUGCAGAAUAUUAUAGGAAGAAUGCAUGGAAGCCUAAGUUUGAUGCUGAGAAGGAGAAGCAAAAAGCUGAGGAAGAUUCAGAUUCUGAUGGCCUCAAAGGUUUCAAGAAAGUGGUAUUCGACCAGCUUUAUAAGUUUGCUGACCUCUCCUUCUUGGGUGAUCAUAAGAGUAAAGUAUUGGAUUUACUUGAGAAGGCGGAGAAACAACCUAACCUCACAAUUGGACUUAUCCUCUCUGUUGUAGUUAUUGUCCUAACAGCACUAUUGAAGCUUCUUUUUGGGGGAAAGAAGCAGAUAUCUCAGCAAACAAAAUCCGCUGAAGAAACCAAUAAGAGCGAUGCUGCUGGGAGUUCAAACAGUCAAGAAGAAGCUUCCAAUGAGAAGGAAGGUCAGAAUGAAGAAGCAGCAGUUACGCGGCGGAGGCCCAGGCGUGCCUGAUAACCAGGAGGUGAUAGGGUAGUGAAAUUGGUUAUCUUUUGGACACUUGAAAUCCCAAUUGCUUUCCAUGUCUGAUGUUUUAGGGGAUGGAACACCCUACAAAAUUUUACAAUCAUUUAUUGAGUACGUUCUUUAAAUGAUGGUGGCUAUCUUUAGAUAGUACGUUCUUUUGGUGUGGUUGAAACCUUUCAAGGUUAGGUAUGUUUUGAAAAUGAAUGUUGUAUCAGUCUGUUUGGUUAUAAUGACCGUCCUAAGUUUCACCCUUAGACUCUUAGAGAACCUUGGUAAUUUUCCAACGGAUUUCUUCUCUUAUUCACGAACAAGAGUUUUAUUUUGGUUCCCUUUUAUUAUUAAUAUGACUCAUUGUUGUCAUUCAGUUUGAUUACCAUUGCAGUUUAUUCUCCGUUUACUAGUUUUAUCUAGUCUACCUUUACGAGGUUAGACGGUUAAUGUGAAAAUUA